CUGAAUUGUUUUACUUCCUUUUCAUUUCUCACGCCUAUAUCUCUAAUAAAUUUGUUGCUCCAGCAGUGGGUCAAAGAGAUUGUGUCGCUCAGCUUUUUUUUUUUCUUUUUCUGCAAGACCCGAUGGCAGAGAUCAUGAAAAUGAAUGCCCUGCAUUCUGCCAAAUGCAAGACUUGAGCUAUACCUUUACACAGACCCGGUGUUGUCCGGGCUAGCUGAAAACGGUUCAGUGUAACUUUCGCCUCUCUAUCCACAUUAAUGUCCUGAAAGUGGCAGGGCAUUUUGCCAGGAAAAGAAUCUGUCUUGAAGACGACUUGGGUUUACAGAGCUAAUUCCUCGUGGAAUAUGACAAGGUCUGCUGGGGCUGGGGUGUCCUCCAGCUUUUGGAGGGAGAGGGCUGCCGCUCCUGCCGCUGCCCUGCGCAGCUCCCCGGCGCUCUGCUCUUCCCCUGGGAGUCCGCCGCUGCGCGGGAGGAACGCAGGGACCUCGGAGGCUCCUCUGGAGGCACAUUUUCCUCGCAGCCCUCCGCGGAAGAAAAUGCCAGCGCUGCUGAGUUGGUGUUGUAGAUCCCUCAUUUGCUCCUUUGUGGCGUGCAGAGCAGCUUCCCAUUAAAGGAGAUCAGGGGUAAUUAGCCGCAUUAUUUUGACAAGUUGGCUCGAGCAGUUCCCUUUCUCGCAGGGCUGCGGCGGGGGAGAGGGCUCGCUUCGUGCCGCCGCCUCCUUCCCCGGGUGCGGCGCUGCCCUGCGGAGCGGCUCCCCGGUGCCGGUCGCGCCCCGCCCGGACUGCGGCCUCCAGUGCCCGGUGGCAAGCGGGGCACUGGGAGUGGAAACGCAGAGGCUGAAGCUGCCCUGCAGAAGCCAGUGAAGGUGUUGCCCCGUGACCUUAUCCGAUGUCAAAGCCAGCGCCAGGAGUGCGUAAGGAGCACAGGGCUGAGCCAGACCUGUGCCCUUGUGCGAUGAAAACGUGUAUGAAAGACAAAAAAUUGAGAGAGUAGACAAAAUCAGAGUAUUUUCCCGCAAGUCCUUCUUCUGCCAUGGUCAGCUGCCCUGUAGCACCUACAAAAUGAAGCCAAAGCACUUAAUCUCUGUGCCGUUUCUUCAUUAAGGUAAUCAGAUGCUCCAGCAGUGUAGUGCUCUCGGUGGUGUGUCCACAGGCAACCUGAAAAAAAGUGAAAUCAGUGUAUAUACCUGCUACUCACUGUUGACCUCUAUUGGAUUUGACUCCUCACCUGGCUGAAGGAAGCGUGAAGCUUUGCAGUAUUUGGGGUUAUGAGCACAAAGGGGAUCUAAGUAAGAGGCAGAACGCUACAAAAUGAACCCACUAUGGCCAAAGCCAAAGCUGAGAUUCUUGUACGCCAGCCCUGGCUGUCCAGGAAUUGGGAGGACCAGGUAUAAAAGGUUGCUUCACAGGCCUUCAGCCCAGUGCAAGACCGAGAUAAGAAAUCUGUGGGAUCCCCGCGAGUUGCUGAGGACAGAAAAAGCCCUUGGUGUGGAGGAGCAGUUGCACACACAGGGCAUACAUAUCGCAGCCAGCAGGGCUUACAAAUGUAAAUAAGGGCAGAUUGAUUAGGAACAACAUUAUCGCUAGGAAUGUAGCGCGCAGGCAUCAGCUAUGAGGCAAACUGGGGGCAGCCGCUGCUCUGACCACCCAAGUGGAGACUUUUACACUGACACUUCUUAAGGAAAAAAAAAAAAAAUAAUACAGAAACAAGGCCAAUUAGAUCCCUGCAGUAAUUCAUCUCUUGUGUAUGCUUAAAAAGAAAAAAAAAAAAAAAAAUCCGUCCAGACCACAGGGAGAGAGGGGAGAUUAAGAUAGCGCUUGUUAAAUUUGAGUCUUCAGGCUGGGUUUUGGAACCAGGAGCAAGGACGGGCGCUGGGCUAUUGUGUGAAACCUAGCAAGCAGGAGGCAGGCAGGGCAGCUCUGGGGGCUCGAGGUGCUUGAAGGGACACUCCUCUCCGGUUUUGGAGCCUGCCGGGAGGCUGAAGAACCAAAAUGCCUCUUCAUCUAUACCUUCUUUUUCCGUCCCCCAGCUCUGCCACCCCAUCAGACCCAGUGAAGUUGAGCAGGAGCAGUGGCACAUCUAUUCCUAGUGAGACAGACGGUCACUCUCCCAAGAGGGAAUUUGAAUUGGAGGUGACCGACUGCAUCCCAGGUGCGGGUUUCAACCUCCAACAGAAAACGAUCUCCCCCUCCAACCUCUUUAGGUUUCCUUCUCCUGUAUGUAUGCAUCUACGUGUGCGUGCUGUGACAGCUUGCUGUUCCCAGCAGCUUUCCUGGAGACAGUCCUGUGCGAAGCACAGGGCCCGGCCCUACCGGAGACAGGUCUCCCCCAGCGUGGGAAAAACGGAGGUGGGACGGAAAGGAACAGGGACCCCCUCACCGGCGGCUGUCACUCCGGAAAGCCCCUGUCUGUGGGUACCUACAGGCAGUGGCAUGGAGGGGACCUCCGCAUAGGCGGUGCGGUGGGUGCGCAGCUCGCUCCCGCCGGCGGCCCUGGGGCUCUAUGCCUGGCAGCCCGGCGAACCUCGCCGCAAGGAGGAGGGCGCGGGCAGCGCCCAGGGGUCGGAGGUUUAGCCCACGGCCGCUGCCCCGGGCACGCGCGGCGGGACUGAAGGGAGAGGUGCGCGGCACCGGGAGGUGGGCUACCGCGCUGCGCCUGCACCUCAGGUCCCCACGCUUCCCUCUUUUUCUCUAUCCUCCCCUCCCCAAGCCGAGCGAACGCACGGCGGGCAGCCCCCCACCCGCAAGCGCCCCCCGGUCCGGGCGUGGGGCGGGUUAACCGCUGCCCUCCGCACCGGUGCGCGCGGAGGUCCGCCGGGGCGCAGAGCCUCCGCGGGAAGCCGCUCUGGGGGCCGGGGCGCGCAGCCCCGGGGCUGGGGGCACUGCGCGCAGCUAUAACGGCAGCAACUAAAGGCUGAUUCUCAAUGAACAGAGACGGGGAGAAGCGGUGCCAAAAAAGUAAACAAUCGCGUAUAGUUCAAGAAGUGUUUAGCGCGGCCAGGCAGGCUGCGUUUCAUGGACUUUUACACUAAAAACAUAUUAAAAUUGGCUUUCCUCAGGUUUCAGUUAAAGAAUGAGCCCUAAGUCGAAACAGGCUAGCUACCGAGCGGGUUUAAAUCCCUUAAGUGUUAAGUUUUCAUUGUGCUUUUCUAACUGGACGGAGUGGUUUUCUUGCAAGGAACUAAGACUCUUCUUUAGUUAAAAAAGAAAGAGAGAGGGAGAAAAAUCUGGCACUUUCUACCGCAGUAUCCACCACCCUGUCAUUAUUUCUGCAAGCCUGGGAAUUCAGCUCGGACCUCCCAGUAUUUGUUGCAGCUUGAGGCCAAGGUGCCUCUAAAAGGAUUUUCUUUUAAGGGCUUUAGAAAUCGUUUAAUGCUGCUUUCCCCCCGUUUCCCUCUCUUUUUUAAAAGGGGGAAAAUAUAUUUCUGUAUGUCGAUCGCGAGAAAGUUCCUCGCGUGUAUUUGUCUGCAAGCAUCCUGGGCGCAAAAAAAGGGAAAAAAAAAAAAAAAAGAGAGAGAGAGGGGAGAAAACUUUCUUGAAAAGAAAACGGAGAAGAAAGGGGGGGAAGGCAUUCCUUAAUGGAAGUAUUGCAUGCAAGGAAGGCUGGAUCUCUUUAAGGCUCCCCCUGAAGCUGGAGAUGCACACACAAGGGUUGCCGGCCUGGGUGGUCUCUCUACUUUGGUGAGCUGUUGCUAAGCAGCUAAUAAUAGUCAUGUUUGCUGAGUAAUUUCUGCCCUCCCAGAGCCAAUCGCCUCGCAGAAACCCAAGCCAUCUGACAGCCCCGGGGGCGGGCUUUCAGCUCUUUUUUUUUUUUUUUUUUUUUUUUUUCCUCCCUCUCGCUCUCUCGCUCUCUCUCCUCUCAUACUCCCCCCCCUCCACCCCUCCUCCUCUUUAUCCAAAUGGAGAGAGUCCUUUUUUUCUUCUUCAUCUCAUCUCUUGAGCCGAGGGGCUGCAGCUCGGUGCUGCCGCGCACACGCCGGGGGAGAGCGCCAGGCAGCCGGCUGCCCGCCGCCGCGGCGGGGCCGACCGCGGAGCCCCGCCGGCCCCGCGGCCCGCGGGAAGCACCCCGGCGUUGAGGCAGGAUGGUGCAGCGCGGCGAGGCAUCGCAGCAGCCGCGGCCCGCCGCGCCGCCGCCCCGCCGCUGAGAGCCGCCGCGGACAGCGGCUUCCCGGAGGCAGCGGCGGCCGGAGGAGGCGAUUUCAACGGGAGCGGAGGAAAGCGCGGCGGCGGCGGCAGCCGGGGGGCCCCGGGGGUCGCGCCCGCCCGCCCGCCCGCCCUCGCCGGGCGCGGGGAGCGGCCGCCUGCAGCUCGGGGUCCGCGCGCGAUGUGGCAAUGGGAGCCGCGGGGAGCGACUCGGCCGGAGCGGCCGCGGCGGCAGCCGCCGCCCCGCGCCCCGCAUGAGGCGGCCGCGCCGCAGCAGCCCGAGCAGCAGCAGCAGCCCCAGCGGCGGCGGCGGCGGCAGCUCCCGCAGCAGCCCCAGCAGCAGCAGCAGCCCGCGGCCCGCAGCGCCGCCAGCCCCCCGCGGCCCCGCCGCGCCCCCGGGGCCCCGGGGCCCGCCGCGGCAGCGCCAGCGGCAGCUCCCCUGUCCCGCCGGCGGCGGCAACAUGGCCUCGGCCGGUAACGCGUCGGAGCCGGAGAUCAGCAGCAGCGCGGGCGGCGGCGGCCACCCCGGCCGGGCGGCGAGGAGCGGCGGCGGGUGGCGGCGAAGGACCGGAGGGAAUCGGCGCGCCGCGGCACCCGACCGGGAGUAUCUGCAGCGGCCGAGCUACUGUGAUGCGGCUUUCGCCUUGGAGCAGAUCUCAAAGGGGAAGGCGACGGGACGGAAAGCGCCGCUGUGGCUGCGAGCAAAGUUUCAGAGACUGUUAUUUAAACUGGGCUGUUACAUUCAGAAAAACUGCGGGAAGUUCUUGGUUGUCGGCCUCCUGAUCUUUGGGGCUUUCGCUGUAGGAUUAAGGGCAGCUAAUCUCGAGACCAACGUGGAGGAGCUGUGGGUGGAAGUUGGUGGACGAGUGAGUCGGGAGUUAAAUUACACGCGGCAGAAGAUUGGAGAAGAGGCCAUGUUUAACCCUCAGCUCAUGAUCCAGACUCCACAGGAAGAUGGUGCUAAUGUACUAACAACAGAAGCACUCCGACAGCACCUUGACUCUGCACUUCAGGCCAGCAGAGUACAUGUCUAUAUGUACAACAGACAGUGGAAAUUGGAACAUUUGUGUUACAAAUCAGGAGAACUCAUCACAGAAGCAGGUUACAUGGACCAGAUCAUAGAGUAUCUUUAUCCUUGCUUAAUUAUCACUCCUUUGGACUGCUUCUGGGAGGGAGCAAAGCUACAGUCAGGAACUGCCUAUCUUUUAGGGAAGCCUCCUUUGCAGUGGGUCAACUUUGACCCCUUAGAAUUCUUGGAAGAGUUAAAGAAAAUAAACUACCAAGUGGAGAGCUGGGAAGAAAUGCUGAAUAAAGCAGAGGUUGGUCAUGGUUAUAUGGAUCGACCCUGCCUGAAUCCUGCUGAUCCCGAUUGCCCAAUUACAGCUCCCAAUAAAAAUUCCACCAAACCUCUUGAUGUAGCCCCUGUUUUGAGUGGUGGAUGCUAUGGACUGUCAAGAAAAUACAUGCAUUGGCAGGAGGAAUUGAUUAUAGGUGGUACAGUUAAGAACAGUUCUGGUAAACUUGUCAGUGCCCAGGCUUUGCAAACCAUGUUUCAGUUAAUGACUCCUAAGCAAAUGUAUGAGCACUUCAAGGGGUAUGAAUAUGUUUCACAUAUCAACUGGAAUGAGGAUAAGGCAGCAGCAAUUCUGGAAGCCUGGCAGAGGAUGUAUGUUGAGGUUGUUCACCAAAGUGUUGCACAAAACUCUACUCAGAAGGUGCUCUCCUUUACUACGACCACCCUGGAUGACAUCCUAAAGUCAUUUUCUGACGUCAGUGUUAUCAGAGUAGCUAGUGGCUACUUACUAAUGCUUGCCUACGCCUGUUUAACAAUGCUGCGGUGGGACUGUGCCAAGUCUCAGGGUGCCGUGGGGCUGGCAGGAGUCUUGUUGGUUGCACUCUCAGUGGCUGCAGGAUUGGGCCUGUGCUCAUUGAUUGGAAUUUCCUUUAAUGCUGCCACAACUCAGGUUUUGCCUUUUCUUGCUCUUGGAGUUGGUGUAGAUGAUGUUUUCCUUCUGGCACAUGCAUUUAGUGAAACAGGGCAGAAUAAGAGAAUUCCAUUUGAGGACAGAACAGGUGAAUGUUUGAAGCGAACAGGAGCAAGUGUAGCCCUUACAUCUAUCAGCAAUGUUACUGCUUUCUUUAUGGCUGCCUUAAUACCUAUUCCUGCUUUACGAGCAUUUUCACUCCAAGCAGCAGUUGUGGUGGUAUUCAACUUUGCUAUGGUUCUGCUGAUUUUUCCUGCUAUCCUGAGCAUGGACCUUUAUCGUCGGGAAGACAGGAGACUGGAUAUAUUCUGCUGUUUUACAAGUCCAUGUGUCACUAGAGUGAUUCAGAUUGAGCCUCAAGCAUAUGUGGAAAAUGACAAUACGUGCUACAGUCCUCCACCCCCAUACACCAGUCACAGUUUUGCACAUGAAACUCAAAUUACAAUGCAGUCCACAGUGCAGUUGCGCACGGAAUAUGAUCCUCAUACGCAGGUGUACUACACCACAGCAGAGCCUCGCUCAGAAAUAUCUGUGCAGCCAGUGACAGUGACGCAAGAUAAUUUCAGCUGCCAGAGCCCAGAAAGCACAAGCUCGACGAGGGAUUUGCUUUCCCAAUUCUCAGACUCCAGCAUGCAUUGCCUUGAGCCACCCUGUACGAAGUGGACACUCUCAUCUUUUGCAGAAAAGCAUUAUGCUCCGUUCCUUCUAAAACCAAAAGCUAAGAUUGUGGUUAUUUUUCUUUUUCUGGGUUUGCUUGGGCUCAGCCUUUAUGGAACUACCCGGGUGAGAGACGGACUAGAUCUCACAGACAUUGUACCACGGGAAACACGGGAAUAUGACUUUAUUGCCGCACAAUUCAAGUACUUUUCAUUUUACAACAUGUAUAUCGUGACACAGAAAGCAGACUAUCCAAAUGUCCAGCACUUACUUUAUGAACUUCACAGAAGUUUCAGCAAUGUGACAUACGUUUUGUUGGAAGAGGAUAGGCAGCUCCCCAAAAUGUGGUUGCACUACUUUCGAGACUGGCUGCAAGGACUUCAGGAUGCAUUUGACAGCGAUUGGGAAAGUGGGAAGAUCACUUACAACAAUUACAAAAAUGGAUCUGAUGAUGCUGUUUUGGCUUACAAACUGCUGGUACAAACAGGCAACAGAGCAAAGCCCAUUGACAUCAGCCAGUUGACUAAACAGCGUCUGGUGGAUGCAGAUGGAAUCAUUAACCCAAAUGCUUUCUACAUCUACCUGACAGCCUGGGUUAGCAAUGACCCUGUGGCUUAUGCUGCCUCGCAAGCCAACAUCCGGCCUCACCGCCCAGAGUGGGUCCACGACAAAGCAGACUAUAUGCCAGAAACAAGGCUGAGAAUUCCAGCAGCUGAGCCCAUAGAAUAUGCUCAGUUUCCUUUCUACCUCAACGGAUUGCGUGAAACUUCUGACUUUGUGGAGGCUAUCGAGAAAGUGAGAGCUAUCUGUAAUAACUACACCAGCCUGGGGAUUGCCAGCUACCCAAAUGGUUACCCGUUUCUGUUUUGGGAGCAGUACAUUGGGCUUCGUCACUGGCUCCUCUUAUCCAUUAGCGUGGUUUUGGCUUGCACGUUUCUGGUGUGUGCCCUCUUCCUCCUAAACCCCUGGACAGCUGGGAUCAUUGUGGUGGUGCUGGCUCUGAUGACUGUGGAGCUGUUUGGCAUGAUGGGUCUAAUUGGAAUAAAGCUGAGUGCAGUGCCUGUGGUUAUCCUGAUUGCUUCUGUUGGCAUUGGCGUGGAAUUCACUGUUCACGUUGCUUUGGCAUUUUUAACUGCCAUAGGAGACAGGAACAGUAGGGCUGUCCUUGCUUUGGAACACAUGUUCGCACCAGUGCUGGAUGGGGCUGUGUCCACUCUGCUUGGAGUGUUAAUGCUCGCAGGAUCAGAGUUUGAUUUUAUUGUCAGGUAUUUUUUUGCUGUUUUGGCAAUCUUAACCAUUCUGGGAGUUCUUAAUGGAUUGGUGCUGCUUCCUGUUCUUCUCUCUUUCUUUGGACCAUACCCUGAGGUUUCUCCAAACAAUGGGCAAAACAGGUUGCCCACACCAUCUCCUGAGCCAGCCCCCAGCGUCAUGAGGUUUGCACUGCCACCUGCGCGCACACAUAAUGGGUCAGAUUCCUCUGAUUCAGAGUACAGCUCUCAAACCACGGUGUCCGGCAUCAGUGAGGAGCUUCAUCAGUACGAGACCACCCAAGGCCCUGGGGCACCAGUCCAUCAAGUAAUAGUGGAAGCCACUGAGAAUCCUGUCUUUGCAAGAUCCACUGUGGUUCAGCCAGAUGCACAGCAUCAGUCGAGUCCCAGAUCGCAGUCAAAUCCAGAGCCUGGCACACAGCAGACAUGGCGUCAGGGCAGAGAAGCCAAACGGGAAGUGAGGGAAGGGCUGCGACCACCUCCUUACCGCCCCCGCAGGGACGCGUUCGAAAUUUCUACUGAAGGGCAUUCAGGACCCAGCAACAGGGAUCGCUCAGGCCACAGGGCUCGUUCUCAUAACAUAAGAAAUCCAGCGUUCAGCACUCUGGGCGCCGCAGGACCAGCGUACUGCCAGCCUAUCACUACUGUGACUGCCUCAGCUUCAGUGACUGUUGCUGUCCACCCUGCAGUACACAGCCACAGCUCUCGGGGAGGGAGCUUUCCGUCCUGUGAGGGAUACCACGAAGCUGACCAUGGGCCGUUUGAGGACCCCCAUGUGCCUUUUAAUGUGCGGUGUGAAAGAAGAAAUUCUAAAGUAGAAGUUAUAGAACUGCAAGAUGUUGAAUGUGAGGAAAGGACACCCAGCAACAGCUCACAGUAAGGGUAAUAACUGAAGCAAAGAAGAGGCCAAAGAUGGAAAACUCUAUUUCCAGGACUGCUUGAAGAGAAGAACUGCUUGAAGUUGUAGAAGAGGACAUGCUGCAUCAGGACAACAGUUCACUGUUACUGUAACCUAUUGUAUUAUUUUGUUAAAUAUUUCUUUAAGUAUUUAAAAGAUGUACACAAAUGUAAUAUACAAAAGAACAAUGUAAAGUAGUAUAGUCUGGAGUCAUUUGCCUCUGGGCAAUAGAAUGGGGACAAUAUUGUGUGCGCUUUGUACUUUUGUACAUUGAUCUCUGUGCCACAACUAAGCUUAAUCUAGUUCUAAAUUCCAGCAUAAGUUGCUGCUGCUUAAAUAUUUUAUAAUUUACUUGUAUAAUUCUAUGCAAAUAUUGCUUAUGUAAUAGGAUUUUUUUUAAGGUACAUGUCUGUUUAAAGUAUUUUAAAUUUGCGUAUCACAACCCUGUGGUAGUAUGAAAUGUUACUGCUAACUUUCAAACACGCUAUGCGUGAUAAUUUUUAAAAUAAGCAGAUAUGAAGAAAAGCAAGUUAAUCUGGGAGGCUUAAAUAGAUUUAGCUAUGUGCAGGUUCUGUUUUGAUGUGUGUAUCCAUGUGUGCAUCUGGAAGUUUGCAUGCUUUUGUGUGUAUGUUCCUGGUGUACUGUAGUUUCUCUUUUACUGUAUGGUAACACUUAGUGGGCUUACCAACCCGCUGAUGCUGAUGUAAAUCUGGCUUUCCCUGUUAGCAGGCACUAGUGAAAACCAUGUUGGUGUUUACCAACAUGCACCAUAGACUGCCAUCAUCAAAGGCCCAACUGAAAUAGAAAAGAAGACAGGGAGUCAAGGUUUGGGGUUGUGGUUCAAUUUUCCACACUCUUACUGACUUGGUUCACAUGGCUUUGGUCAAGUCACUUAACUGCCCUGUGCCUCAGUUUCUCAUUCUGUAAAAUGGGUGUAAUUACACUUACCUACCUCCCAGGAAUGUUGUGAGGCUUAAUUACUGUUCCUGUAGUGCUUUGAUUUUUCUCUUUUUUUUUUUUCAAUUUUUCUUUGCAAAAGGUGCCAGCUACGUGCAAACACUAUAACCAUCAUUUUUUCACUUCCAAAGGUGCUGGAUAUUGAGAAGUGCUGGUGGUUAUAGAAAUUCCGUGAGCAUAUGCCUUAUUUUGAUAUUGAUACUGUUAACUAUGCGUGGCAUUAGAAGCUGGAUAAUUGAGUUGUUUGGUGGUGAGAAACAGCUCAGCUGUGUCCUUCCAGCAUUGGAAGCAGUACCAUUGGUCACCUUACUUUCAUGGCAGGAAGGAAGUUACUAGUAAGUGAUAAAAAGUAAGUGGAAGGAUACAAAAAAAACAACAAACUAUUUUCACCUUUUAAAUAUAAAUGGCUUUCUGAUGGGCCCAGGACUGUAAUGACUGUAAUGAAAGGCCUGGGAUGUCCUUUUCUCUAUAGUUCGUGUUUUCCCAUGCUGCAGUGGCACUUUUAAUUAAAACAGCUAAACUGGGAUCUCUUUGCGAAACUAAUUUAGCUUUUUGCAUUAUUUUUUUAAAACUAAAAGGGGAUAGCUGCAGGUGAAGGGUCUGAAAAAAACACUACACUGUGUUCCAGUUGGAAACCUUAAGAAUGGAGAACCUUAAUUUAAAAAAUAAUAGAAGUUUUCAUUAUCUGUCUUCCUCUUUCUUCAUCUUUGUUCUGCCCCUCUCCAAGCUGUUUCUUAGAGCAGGUAGAUGUUCAGUUACGUAUUCAGAGCCAGACAAACACAACCAAUAUUCUGUUCCUAAACACAGCACUGGUGGGGCUUUUGAGUACAAUGCCUGAACAGCAGUGGCCAAUUCUUUGGUGGGAAAGUGUUUUUCUCCAGUGGCUUCAGGGAGUCUAUCUUUGCCCACAGACCUUGCCAGCAUAACGAAUGGGGAUAAUUAGAAUGCACAAAUUUCCAUGCCUUUUUUUGCUCACUUGAAAACACUUUGAUAUGAGGCACUUGUUUACAGAUCUCCAAUGUGAACGCUCGAAGAGCAGGUGGCGAGAGCCUGGUGUCAUUCCCAUGAUACAUAAGCUACUGUUUCAAUGCACACUAAGGGUUAAUGUCACAACUGCCUACUGGUCCAGUUCACUGUCUAACCUGAAAUCUCUGAAUGACAAAAAGAUGAGGGGCCCCCAUUUAGCACUAGCAGCAUAUUGACUUCAGAUCAUACACACUCUGCCACAAAACUGUAUGAUGCUAAUUGGAAGCUACCUUUAAACGCCAAGCGCCUGCAGGGCUCCCACUGACACCUCUGCAGCACCAGGGCUGCCUCACUCCCUCCUCUUCCUCGGGAGGGAAGGGAGCCAGGGCAAGCCGUGGUGUCUCCCGCCUGCCCCUGCCCGAGUCCUCCUGCGUGCUGGUGUGUGGGUGAGCUGUCUGCUGCUUUUCCAUAGUCACAUUGGGAAGGGGAGAACUCAGUGGCUGGCAACGUUUGUUUUGUUUUGUAACUUUUUUUAAUCAUGGGUGAUAUUUAUAUUUUUGUAUCAUAAGAAUGUUUUCUUACAGUAUUUGUCAUGCCAGUUUAUAACAAACAAGAUGCAGGGAUUUUAUUUCUAUUGGAAAACACUAUUACAGUUAUGUUGUUACUGUUUAAUGGAUUUUUAUUUGUAUAGAGUGCUUACUAAUGUUAAAUAGGAAAGAGUAUAUAACAUUUACAUUAAGGACUCGUUGUAGCUUUUCGUGUAAGGAGUUAAAAGGAAAAAAUAUCCGAACUGGGUCUCAUUGCCUGCCUGUUUUGGUAGGAGUGGGUUUGUGUCAUUUCAGUUACAAAGAUAAAAUUAUGCCAUAUAAUUUAUUUAUAUGAAAAUUUAUUUUUGUAGUGUACAUAGUAGUCAUCAAGUCUUUUGACAGAAGUAUAUUUUUAAAGAGUUUAUAUGUAAUGAUGAUACCAUUAUGUUUUGGAACACUGCUGAGAUACAAUUAUGGUGCACACUUUUCCUUGUAAACCCCCUGGCAGAAAAGAAAGUGUUUAACAGUGUUAAGAGAGAAAGAGAGUGUGAAUAACCAUACAAUUCUGAACUGUGUUUUAGUUACCAUUUGUGAUCUAGUGUGGUUCUCAUUUUAAGCUUUGAAUGGAAAUUGUACAAACUCUCUAAAUAUUAAUGUUCAAACACUGAUAGAAAUUCUAACAUGAAUAAAAAAAUAUUAUAACUUA